AGGAUCCUCCGUCGUCUUUAUAUCUUUCCACCAGCGAUCAGAAAGGAUCCGCUCGAUCCGGGGGAUCAAGUCAGUCGACCAGUCUCUAGGGGAUCUACAAGCCCGGCGCACGGAGUACAGUCACUAGCCUACCGGACAUCACAUUGCGAUCCUGAUCCCGGUCCUCAUGUCCAAGCCAUAACCACGAGAUGAAACUUUCGUGCCUGAAAACACUGGGUCCAGGACCGCGAUGGCAAUCGCAUACCAAUCAGAUUGGAAACGCCAGUAACCCUAAGCCGCUACCCACGGUCGAGCAAAAACAACAAAGUACCGAAUCUACCGAUCCCAGGACCAGCAGGGCCCUCGGCAUCAUCCAGCCGACACUCUGCCUAGGGAAAGGAAAGAAAGACUCAAACCCAAAAUUGAGACAGGCCGCAGCAGGGCCCUUACAACAAAGACGGCCACUGGCUUGUUUCAAACUAGAACAUAGCGUUCCUGGCCGUGGCUGUUCCUGGCAGGGUGCAGGCUGCUGGGCCCUAAACAGAAACCCCGAAUCCGUGUCCGAGUGGAAUCCAGUCGAUCCAUCCAAAAGCCCAAAACCACAUGAAACCGUCGGGGAGCGGUCCACUCCGUCGAAACUUUAUUCUGGUCCGGUCCCGAGGAUGUUUGAUGUGUUGCGACAUGACUCAAGCACGCCCUGGACAUGAUAGAUCUGAAGGGGAGUCCUCAACUGCCGAAAUGAAGCAUCGUGAACUGGAGGACUGUGCCGAGGCUCUGUUCU